GAUCGGCCACAUCAGUUAGUAACUUCACUAAUUCCUUAACAGCAGCAGAACAUUCUUGCAAAGCGGCAACAGCGCGUAAAACACGAACAAGUCGGGUUCGAGCGACGAGUAACCGAUAACGCAUUCUGCUCUUAAAAUAUGUCAUUCCCACUCAGCACUCAACACAGAACAGAUAUUGUUCACCUAUUAGUUUCCAUACAAAUGUGAAUAUCUUCUGUUCGUCUGGACUAACGACAUUGAACAGGAGCUCCAGCAAACAUUACUAAGCUACAAUGGGAAAUUGGAGUUCAACUCCCUCAGCAGGCUCAAAUGCAGCUUCACCAGUCAUCCGCCCACCAAGUCCAUACUCGUCAGCAUCGGCCACUCCCUCAGCAAGCUCACAUUCAGCAUCAUCUGCCAUCCGCCCACCAAGUCCAUACUCGUCAGCAUCGGCCACUCCCUCAGCAUCAUCUGCCAUCUACCCCACAAGCCAUUCUGGUCUACAGGCGACAAAUGCCACCGCAUCGCAGAUUAGCAGUCUAAACAGUCGGCACAUAAAAAAAUCAGGGAACAAUGUAGCAGUAAGUCCAUCCACUGUAAGGGCAGCCCGACAAACUGUUAAACACUGCGUAAAUAGUGAUUAUGUCAUUCCUAAGCAGCAAACAGAUAAUUUUGAACUGACGCAAAUUGGAAAUGUCCCGUUUAAUAUUAUUCCAGAUAAAUUUGGGUUACGUGUAUGCCCCCAAUACAACAGUAAGAACGGGUGUCAUGCUACGCUUUGUCGGCGAUUUCACAUAUGUCUCUUUUGGGUGAAGGAUCAAUGCAAAAGAAAUAAUUGUAAUCAUGCUCACGAUUUCAAUUCAUACCACAAUCUACUACUUAUGAGAAUGGUCUCUAACAGAAAAAGCUUUGAUAUCCAAGAAUGUAUUCGGAAUAAUCACAGAGGCAUGAGAUGUAAAAAACAAGAUUCGAAUAAUGAAAUAUGUGUGUUUAGUGUCAUGAACAGAUGUACAAAAAGUGACUGUUCAAGAAUUCAUGCUAAAAUUCCUUACCAAUGGGAGGUUCAGAUUGGCAAUUCAUGGACAACAUUUUCUCGCAACCAGACCCACUACCUUGAAGAAAUGUUCAGUCGACCAGACAAUGACAAGAUUGAGCUUCCUUCCCUGGAACGCAACCUUCGGACCCAUCCUGCAUUUUCGAAAUUCUAUUCCUUUUUGUCUAAGAGUAAAGUAUGGUUUGUGAAUUUUGAGACCAUGGUACUUCAGUCUCAAUACAGCUCUGUGAACAUACGCAGACUGUCAACUCCCUCUGAUAUUAUGUUGGAUAUAAGUUUAGCGACACGGUGGAUCUGGUACUGGAAGGAUGACAGCGGUUGUUGGCACCCAUACACAGAUGGAGCUGGUGAAAAGUUCUAUAUAGUUUCUCUUAGCGAUCAAAUGGAAUACGAGAAAAUCAAUGCAAGAUUACAAAUUAUGCAGGUUACAGUUGAUGGCAAUCCUUACAGUAUUAACCUUAUGGACAUGUAUCAGAAAAAUAUGGAGACCAACAAAAUAAGGGAAAUACGGAGGAGACCGUCAUGUCUUCCUUCAAAACAGAAACAUGAUAUUUCAUUCAGUGACCAAUUUUCAGUUCUGUCAGAGGGCAAAACCUUUUUGAGGCACCCUAUCCAUGCAACCUCCUCUGAAUAUAUGCAUAUUAAAGGGCUGCUGCAAAAGGGAAUGGGGAGUAUUCGCAUUGCAACCAUGGAACGCAUUCAGAAUAACCAUCUCUGGAAAGCUUACCAGAACAAGAAAAAGCUUCUUUUGUCACUAUACAAAAAUGAUUUGUCCCUUGUCAAUGAACAGUACAUGUUCCACGGGACAAAGCAUAAAGUAAUUGAUCUGAUCUGCCGUGACAGCUUUGAUUGGCGACUGUUUGGCACUAACGUGGGUAAUGUCCAUGGUAAAGGGACAUAUUUCACAAAUGAUUCAAAUUUGUCAAAUAGUUACAGUGAAAACGAAUUGGGCUUAAAAGCAGUGUUUGUAGCUUUCGUCCUAGUAGGAACAUUGACAAGGGGAAACAGAGACAUGGAGAUUCCUCCCCAAAAUAGUGCAUUUGACAGGUGCUUUGAUACCACCUGUAAUGAUGAUAAUGCACCCAACAUCUUCGUAAAGUAUAACAAAGACGAAUACUAUCCUGCAUAUAUUGUCAAGUACCAUGAUCCAGGUUGUAGGUACUGA